CUAGCUUUGACUUCGAGUGUAGCCACUUUAAUAAUCAGUAUUGACAAUUUGGGUACUGCUUUCAGGAGAGCCAAGCAAUGAGCAUGCCUUUAGGAGAUUUGGAAUCCGUGCUGAUCGAGUUCAUCACGCAGCAUGCCAGCAACAUCGACGUCUUCGCCGAAACCGGCAAUCGCGUUCAGGAAGAGAACAUGAUGGAUUUUGAAUUUGAUUGGGGCGCAAUCGGAAUUGAUGAAAGUUCUGGGGCCGUUGGUCAGGAUCAGGCGCUUCAGCCUCAAAUAGAAAAUGCUAUCCAACCAAAGAAGACAGCGGAGACACAGCCAUUGGAGAACAUACAGCAAAAACCGCCAACAGAGUAUGUAAUGAUGCCUAUUUCGCCAGUGGUGUCUAUAGGACCGGGAAAACAAAUUAGGAAUAAAAUACGAACUAAUCAAAAUGAUGUGCCAACUGAUACAGUUGACAAUCCAACUCAGAGAACUAUUACAGGUGAGAAACAAAUAAAGCCGAAAAAUGCCAGGGCCAAAAAGGAGCCCGUUACGAGAACUAUCAAGGCUCCCUCAAAGCCCAGUAUUGCACAAUUAAGAAGGGAUGCUGCCAAGAAGAAGAUCAAGGAAGCCAGAAAAAACAAGGAAACUGUGAGUCCAAGUCCUUCCGAUACAGGGCCCUCUGAGCCAAGCACUUCCCAGAAUGCUAACGAAACCGAAAGUAAGCCCAGUAAUGCCAAGGGCACAAAGAAAAAAAGAGCUGCUAACAAAACUGAUGCCGACACCAUUGUGGAACAACCCACUCAGCCGACAGAAUAUGGAAAACCAGAUGUCACUGCCGAACUAAUACCAACGGUUCCAGUAGUUCCUUAUAUUCAAAGUCCACCAGUGCGCUCGAUUGGCAAAGUGAUCAAGCCAAGUAAAGCGCCGAGAAGAAAAAAAGCCAUCAAAACUAAUCUUAUUCAGGGAUAUUCGAAAGAUGAUAGAUUCGAUUCAGCAAAAAAAACUGAUGUUUCUAGGGCCAAAGCAAAGGCAACACCCAAGGAGCCUGUGCCACUGAACGCACCCUUUGAACCGACACCAUGUAUGAAUCCUUUACCAAUGAUACCUAAAAAUCCCGAACCCAUAAAAUCCAUGAAUCCCGCACCUAACACAAAACCCAUGAGACCUAUUGCACCAACAGAGCAAACGAAUUCUGCACCUUCAAUCGCACCCACAAGACCCCGAUUGCCCGUCGCCCAAAAACCAGUACAGUCUCGGGAAAAAGUAGUUAUCCCAAUGACUUACUCGAGUGCUGCCAGUGUGGAGGCCACUCCACGGGUUCCAUCCAGGGGUAAGAACGUGAACAACAUAAUGAAGAAUGGGAAUAACACUGGGAAAUCAACGGGUCAGCCAGCCCAAUCAGAGAUAUCGGAUAGACCACAUUCAAGGCCAGUGAGUUUCAGUGUGGAGAACCAAACGAUGUGCACGCCUUUUGGAGAUACGGAAUCCGAGCUACUCGAGUUCAUCAGGCAGCAUUCUAGCAACAUCGACGUCUUCGCCGAAACCGGCAAUCGCGUUCAGGAAGAGAACAUGAUAGAUUUUGAAUUUGAUUGGGGUACAAUCGGAAAUGAUGGAAGCUCUCAGACCGUUGGCCAGGAACAGGAGAAUAUACAGCAAAAACCGCCACCAGAGUAUAAAAUGGUGCCUAUUUCGCCAGUGGUGUCUAUAGGACCGGGAAAACAAAUUAGGAAUAAAAUACGAACUAAUCAAAAUGGUGUGCCAUCUGAUACAGUUGACAAUCCAGCUCAGAGAACUAUUAGAGGUGAGAAACAAAUAAAGCCGAAAAAUGCCAGGGCCAAAAAGGAGCCCAUUACGAGAACUAUCAAUGCUCCCUCAAAGCCCAGUAUUGCACAGUUAAGAAGGGAUGCUGCCAAGAAGAAGAUCAAGGAAGCCAGAAAAAACAAGGAAACUGUGAGUCCAAGUCCUUCCGAUGCAGGGCCCUCUGAGCCAAGCACUUCCCAGAAUGCUAACGAAACCGAAAGUAAGCCCAGUAAUGCCAAGGGCACAAAGAAAAAAAGGGCUGCUAACAAAACUGAUGCCGACACCAUUGUGGAACAACCCACUCAGCCGACAGAAUAUGGAAAACCAGAAUUCACUGCCGAACUAAUACCAAAGGUUCCAGUAGUUCCUUAUAUUCAAAGUCCACCAGUGCGCUCGAUUGGCAAAGUGGUCAAGCCAAGUAAAGCGCCGAGAAGAAAAAAAGCCAUCAAAACUAAUCUUAUUCAGGGAUAUUCGAAAGAUGAUAGAUUCGAUUCAGCAAAAAAAACUGAUGUUUCUAGGGCCAAAGCAAAGGCAACACCCAAGGAGCCUGUGCCACUGAACGCACCCUUUGAACCGACACCAUGUAUGAAUCCUUUACCAAUGAUACCUAAAAAUCCCGAACCCAUAAAAUCCAUGAAUCCCGCACCUAACACAAAACCCAUGAGACCUAUUGCACCAACAGAGCAAACGAAUUCUGCACCUUCAAUCGCACCCACAAGACCCCGAUUGCCCGUCGCCCAAAAACCAGUACAGUCUCGGGAAAAAGUAGUUAUCCCAAUGACUUACUCGAGUGCUGCCAGUGUGGAGGCCACUCCACGGGUUCCAUCCAGGGGUAAGAACGUGAACAACAUAAUGAAGAAUGGGAAUAACACUGGGAAAUCAACGGGUCAGCCAGCCCAAUCAGAGAUAUCGGAUAGACCACAUUCAAGGCCAGUGAGUUUCAGUGUGGGGACCCAAACGAUGAGCACGCCUUUUGGAUAUACGGAAUCCGAGCUACUCGAGUUCAUCAGGCAGCAUUUUAGCAACAUCGACGUCUUCGCCGAAACCGGCAACCGCGUUCAGGAAGAGAACGUGAUGGAUUUUGAAUUUGAUUUGGGCACAAUCGGAAAUGAUGAAAGCUCUGGGGCCGUUGGCCAGGAACAGGAGAAUAUACAGGAAAAACCGCCAACAGAGUACGUAAUGAUGCCUAUUUCGCCAGUGGUGUCUAUAGGACCGGGAAAACAAAUUAGGAAUAAAAUACGAACUAAUCAAAAUGAUGUGCCAUCUGAUACAGUUGACAAUCCAGCUCAGAGAACUAUUAGAGGUGAGAAACAAAUAAAGCCGAAAAAUGCCAGGGCCAAAAAGGAGCCCGUUACGAGAACUAUCAAGGCUCCCUCAAAGCCCAGUAUUGCACAAUUAAGAAGGGAUGCUGCCAAGAAGAAGAUCAAGGAAGCCAGAAAAAACAAGGAAACUGUGAGUCCAAGUCCUUCCGAUGCAGGGCCCUCUGAGCCAAGCACUUCCCAGAAUGCUAACGAAACCGAAAGUAAGCCCAGUAAUGCCAAGGGCACAAAGAAAAAAAGGGCUGCUAACAAAACUGAUGCCGACACCAUUGUGGAACAACCCACUCAGCCGACAGAAUAUGGAAAACCAGAUGUCACUGCCGAACUAAUACCAACGGUUCCAGUAGUUCCUUAUAUUCAAAGUCCACCAGUGCGCUCGAUUGGCAAAGUGAUCAAGCCAAGUAAAGCGCCGAGAAGAAAAAAAGCCAUCAAAACUAAUCUUAUUCAGGGAUAUUUGAAAGAUGAUAGAUUCGAUUCAGCAAAGGCAACACCCAAGGAGCCUGUGCUACUAAACGCACCCUUUGAACCGACACCACGUAUGAAUCCUUUACCAAUGAUACCUACAAAUCCCAAACCCAUAAAAUCCAUGAAUCCCGCACCUAACACAAAACCCAUGAGACCUAUUGCACCAACAGAGCAAACGAAUUUUGCACCUUCAAUCGCACCCACAAGACCCCGAUGGCCCGUCGCCCAAAAACCAGUACAGUCUCGGGGAAAAGUAGUUAGCCCAAUGACUUACUCGAGUGCUGCCAGUGUGGAGGCCACUCCACGGGUUCCAUCCAGGGGUAAGAACGUGAACAACAUGAUAAAGAAUGAAUCAGAGAUAUCGAAUAGACCACGUUUUAGGCCAGUGAGUUACAGUGUGACUUUAGAUGGCUCAAUUACGCGUUUGCGAGUGCGGUCCAUGUCAAGAUCCGUAUCGCCUUCUUCGAACCGUCGAUCACUUUUCUCGUCCUCGUCCUCAUCCUCGUCCUCGUCCUCAUCCUCGUCCUCGACCUCGUCUUCGUCCUCGUCCUCAACCUCGUCGUUAAGAUCGAAUUCCUGCUCAUCAUCGUCGUCCUCAAGAUCGUGUUCCUGUUCAUCAACGUCGUCCUCGAGAACAAGGUCCGGUUCAUCAUCAUCUUCGUCCUCAAGAUCGUGUUCCUGUUCAUCAACGUCGUCCUCGAGAAGAAGGUCCGGUUCAUCAUCAUCCUCAUCCUCAAGCUCGAGUUCCGCUUCAUCAUCGCCGUCCUCAAGAUCAAGCCUUAAAUCUUCGGGAUCUAGAUCCUCCUCAUCUCUGUCUUUGGCAGACAGAUCAACGCUGCACAGAGACUAUCCAGCUUUUAGCGAAUCGCCAUCGAACUUAAACAACCCCCUGGGUGAACCAUCCCAUCUGGAGUCAUCACCAUCGCCACCGGAAUCGCCCAUCGAGAUCCUUUCGAGUUUCGAAAUGCAUCUGAAGGCCUUGGGAUCGGCGUACAUUUCCGUAGUGUCGCCGAUUCCAUGGUGUCCAUUCGGUGAGAUUCCAGUGCCAGACUUGUCGGAGUCAUCGACUUCUUCUUCAUCGCCAUCAUCAACUGCAUCGUCAGCUUCCGCAUCCGCAUCACCAUCCGCAUCGGCAGCCCCCUUAUCGGGGAGCGAGGAUUCCGACAGCAGCGAUAGUGACAUCGAUUACAAAGCGAUUCCCCAGUUCUAUGAACAUGAUGAGGCCACACAAAACACACCGCAACUGACAGCACAACAAUCUGAAGAAGAAUCGAUUAAUGAGAAUACAGAUGAGAAUUUUUAUGAACGAAUAAUAAAAAAUGAACCAGAUGAGGAGCCCUAUAAUUCCCAAAAUUGGGAACCAUUAGAGAUAAUUUAUAAACAGGAUAUUUCAGAACCAGAAGUGUCGCCAAGUAAUCAUACAUUCUUUGAGCCAGAAUUAGAACCAAAUGCUCAAACCCAUCUGGCAACAGAACAAUUUGAAGCACAGUGGUUCAACCGGAAUCCCUUCCAAGAUUCCAUUUCAGAUGUCAAAUCCUGUGAAGCUCAAGUUACUGUACCAGCGUAUUCGGAUAUUUCCGAACCAGAUAUGGAACCUUCAAUUUCUGAACCACAUUUUACAAGCUAUCUGCCUGAUCAGAUAUCCUUGGAGGAACCCAAGUCAAUCGAGCCAGAGUACCGUGAAUAUACAACUUCUGUACCGGUGGAUUCGAACUCAGUCAAUGAACCAUAUAUAAAUCAGUUCAGUCCAAACUUUUUGGAACCAGAUUUAGAACUGCGUAGACCUGAAAGUACUGAACCAGAUUUUACAAUUCCUGAAAUAUAUACGAAACCUAACCAGUUUGAGCCAAGUGUGGAAUUUUGCAAUACUAGAACUACUGAGCCAUAUGCAAAUCCAAAAUCAAAUGUUUCUGAACGAGAUAUAAGAACCUUGAAUUCCACAAUGUCUGAAUCUGAUGUUUAUCCAGGUAAUUCAAAUUUUUCUCCAGAAGCAGACAUUUUAGAAGCAUUUUCAAAACCGAAUACGAAACCAUGGAACCCUACAUUUUCCGAGAGAGAUGAGAAUCCUUGUAGUCCUAAAUAUUUUGAACCUGAUUUAAAAGCUUGUAAAAUUACUGUACGAAUUUUUAAAUCUGUAGUUAGGCCAAAUGUUUCUGAAACAGCAGAUGAGAAACCCUCUUGCUCGAAAAUGUGUAAGCCUGUUGUGCAACCUAGUAACUCUAGAAUUUCCAACCUAGAACUUAAUCCCCGAAAUCCUACAAUUUGUGAGCCAAUCGAUUGGGAAUCAAGCUAUGAACCAGAUAUGGAUUCAAACAUUUUAGAAGCAUAUUUAAAACUAUGUAAUCCUCAAACAUCUGAACCGAAUACGAAACCAUGUAAUCCUCAAUUUUCCAAAAGAGAGGAGAAACCUUGUAGUCCUAAACUUUUUCAACCUGAUGUAAGAACUUGUAAUUCUACUGAACGAGAUCCAAGUCUACGUAAUUCCAAAAUUAAUGUAAAAGAUGUGAAAUCAUUAAAUGACGAAGUUUCUGAAGCUGCAAAUGUGAAACCCUGUAGCUCGAAAAUCUCAAAACUUGAUGUACAACCGAGUAGUUCUAAGAUUUCCAAGCCAGAAGUGAAUGCAUGUGAUCCCAAAAUUCCAAAGCCAAUCAAUUCGACAUCAAUCAAUGAACCAGAUAUGAAUUUAAAAGUUUUAGAACUACGUAGUUCCAAAAUUAAUGUAAAAGAUGUGAAAUCAUUAAAUGACGAAGUUUCUGAAGCUGCAAAUGUGAAACCCUGUAGCUCGAAAAUCUCAAAACUUGAUGUACAACCGAGUAGUUCUAAGAUUUCCAAGCCAGAAGUGAAUGCAUGUGAUCCCAAAAUUCCAAAACCAAUCAAUUCGACAUCAAUCAAUGAACCAGAUAUGAAUUUAAAAGUUUUAGAACUACGUAAUUCCAAAAUUAAUGUAAAAGAUGUGAAAUCAUUAAAUGACGAAGUUACUGAAGCUGCAAAUGUGAAACCCUGUAGCUCGGAAAUCUCAAAACUUGAUGUACAACCGAGUAGUUCUAAGAUUUCCAAGCCAGAAGUGAAUGCAUGUGAUCCCAAAAUUCCAAAGACAAUCAAUUCGAAAUCAAUCAAUGAACCAGAUAUGAAUUUAAAAGUUUUAGAACUACGUAAUUCCAAAAUUAAUGUAAAAGAUGUGAAAUCAUUAAAUGACGAAGUUUCUGAAGCUGCAAAUGUGAAACCCUGUAGCUCGAAAAUCUCAAAACUUGAUGUACAACCGAGUAGUUCUAAGAUUUCCAAGCCAGAAGUGAAUGCAUGUGAUCCCAAAAUUCCAAAGGCAAUCAAUUCGAAAUCAAUCAAUGAACCAGAUAUGAAUUUAAAAGUUUUAGAACUACGUAAUUCCAAAAUUAAUGUAAAUGAUGUGAAAUCAUUAAAUGACGAAGUUUCUGAAGCUGCAAAUGUGAAACCCUGUAGCUCGAAAAUCUCAAAACUUGAUGUACAACCGAGUAGUUCUAAGAUUUCCAAGCCAGAAGUGAAUGCAUGUGAUCCCAAAAUUCCAAAACCAAUCAAUUCGACAUCAAUCAAUGAACCAGAUAUGAAUUUAAAAGUUUUAGAACUACGUAAUUCCAAAAUUAAUGUAAAUGAUGUGAAAUCAUUAAAUGACGAAGUUACUGAAGCUGCAAAUGUGAAACCCUGUAGCUCGGAAAUCUCAAAACUUGAUGUACAACCGAGUAGUUCUAAGAUUUCCAAGCCAGAAGUGAAUGCAUGUGAUCCCAAAAUUCCAAAGACAAUCAAUUCGAAAUCAAUCAAUGAACCAGAUAUGAAUUUAAAAGUUUUAGAACUACGUAAUUCCAAAAUUAAUGUAAAAGAUUUGAAAUCAUUAAAUGACGAAGUUUCUGAAGCUGCAAAUGUGAAACCCUGUAGCUCGAAAAUCUCAAAACUUGAUGUACAACCGAGUAGUUCUAAGAUUUCCAAGCCAGAAGUGAAUGCAUGUGAUCCCAAAAUUCCAAAGGCAAUCAAUUCGAAAUCAAUCAAUGAACCAGAUAUGAAUUUAAAAGUUUUAGAACUACGUAAUUCCAAAAUUAAUGUAAAUGAUGUGAAAUCAUUAAAUGACGAAGUUUCUGAAGCUGCAAAUGUGAAACCCUGUAGCUCGAAAAUCUCAAAACUUGAUGUACAACCGAGUAGUUCUAAGAUUUCCAAGCCAGAAGUGAAUGCAUGUGAUCCCAAAAUUCCAAAGCCAAUCAAUUCGAAAUCAAUCAAUAAACCAGAUAUGAAUUUAAAAGUUUUAGAACUAGAUUCAAAACUGUGUAAUCCCAACACUUUAGAGCCAGAUAAGAAGCAAUGUAACUCGAAAAUUAACAAAAGGGACGACAAGCCAUGUAGUCCUAAGCUUUUUAAGCCAGAUUUGAAAACAUCUUAUUGUAAAACUUCUGAACGAGAUGCAAGCCCACAAACUUCAAAAUAAGAACCAGAUUUAAAAUCCCAUAAUCGCGAAAUUUCUGAAUCAGAUGUUACGCCAAGUAGUUCAAAAGCUUUUGAAGCAGCAAAUGAAAAGCCCUGUAGCUCCAAAAAUUCAGUGCCAGAUGUGAAACGUAAAUAUCGGAAGUCAAAAAAAUCGAAGUCAGUGAAGCGAAAAGGCUCGAAAUUAUUGGAUGAGCCAGUAGAACCAAAGACCAGGAAACCGGAAAAUGAAACGAAGAACGAAGAUCCGAAGUCUCAGGCUUUUCUUCAUUAUAAAAUUCCAAGGCUGGGGUCUAAAAUACCAUCAACAAGGCAUGAUUUCCAUGAAGUUAAUCCUAUGAACACUCGGCCAAGGUGCUUGCCAUACUAUCAGUACCAGUCGAUGUGGAAUUUUCAGCCUAAUUAUAUGAACCAUGCGAAUAUUAACCAGACUUUCCAAGACCACCAUCCGAUGAGAAGUUAUCCAUCUUCUCACGCGGCCCAUCCGAUGCGAGCGGCUCAGAGUUAUCAAUCGGUACAUCCGAUGCAAGGUAUUCCGUCCAAUCGUAUGUUCCAUCCGAUUAGGAAUGUCCAUCCACUGCCAAUGCGAAGUUAUGUGCCACCGUUUCCGAUGCACCGCUUUCAGCCCGAUCAAACAGUCCAUUAUCCGCAAGCCUAUUAUCCAAUGGAAACUAUGAGGCAUUCACAAAGGAAUUAUGCUACGAACAAUAAUGACCAGCAAGAACCAUCAACUUCGGGGAACAAUACACACCACAUUGAUCGUAUUAUGGGAAGAGCCUUCGGGGGUCGCAAGUACAGAACACUCAAGGAUCUCAAAAAACGAACCAAUUUGUCGAAAAAAAGAUUGCGUCGGGUUCUUAAAAAUGUGGGAAAGAUUAAACGCGCCAAGUGGCGCAUUAGCAAGUUUUAUCUGCAGGCCUACGAAGACGAAUUGAGAGGCAUUUCUCCACCCAGGGAUCACGAACCGCUUGCUCUGAGUAACUUAUAUCGUAAGGUGAUUAAAUCCUACGACGGCUGCAAGUUUCAACGCAUGGAUGAGUUGGUAGAGAAAACCGGUCUCUCGAGAUCGAAAAUAAGACUGGCCUUGAAGAUGAUCGGACGCAAGCGAUCCACCAAGUGGCGUCUGAUCAACUAUAGGAAGCCCCUUAUUCACUAUCAUCGAGGUCACAAGAAGUCCAAAUAGGCUACCACAGCUAUCUACCAUUGUCUGUGCUAAAUAUCAUUCAAUUGACAUUUUAUUACUUUAAUAAGCUCUGUUGGCUGCUUUAAUAUCUCAUUUACAUAUAACACUUCAACACUAUUCAAUGUUUGAUUUUCGUUUUUCAUUUUGAUAGAUUUCUUGGCGGUAUUAUAAUUACACUCUUUUCAAAUGCUCAAAAAAAGACAGCAUUAUUAAAAGCCAACUUUGAAUCGUAGAUUUAU